AUGUCGGUGGCCCAACUCCCCGCUGAGAACGACGGUCGUGAGUCUAAGAGAACCAAGGGGAUGGCUUCACUCAUACUAAGAUUCUCGAAUGAGGAUAAGAUUGGAACUAUCCAACCCCACGACGAUACCCUAGUCAUCACGCUCAGGAUUGGGGGAUAUGACGUUAAGAGGGUGUUGGUCGAUCAAGGCAGUGUUAUGGAGGUGAUGUACCCCGACCUAUACAAGGGGCUGAAGCUGAGGCCCGAAGACCUGACAGCAUACGACUCCUCUUUAGUAAGUUUCGAAGGGAAGACCGUUAUUCCGAGAGGCCAGAUUAGACUGCCCAUACAAACUGGCUUGGACAUAGUGGAGGUGGACUUCAUAGUGGUGGAUGCAUAUUCGCCCUACACCGCCAUCGUAGCUAGACCUUGA